AUGGCAAGCCGCAGCUUUCCGCCCCUUUCCGGCGACGACGCAGCUGCGUUGCACGAUGCUGCUGUUGCAGCCGCCGCCUCUCUGGGGUCCUGUGGCUGGUGGUCUCCCCGAAGAGUGGAGUCGAUGACAGCUGCAGUAUCUGAGAUAGGCAAAAGCGGCUGCUCCAGCAGCCUGCUUUCGGUUGCUGACCUCUUGGAUUCCGCAGCAGACUACAUGGAGACCCUUGUAGGCGACAGGAAUAAAUGCCCUGGAUGUAUCUACUCGGGCGAUGCUGGAUUGGCUUAUGCACUUAUUAGGAAAGCCCAACGCCUGCUGGCUGCGGCAGAGAGAGAACCUUUCCUUACCCUGAGCGCCGCCGCAAAGGACCUGGAAGAUUCAGGUGCUCUAGCAGAAGCAGCUGAACGAGCAACUCGCCCAGGAGGAGGAAGUCCAACGACUGAGGAUGCGGCACGGGAGGAAGCCGUAGCAGAGGCGGAAAAGGCCUUAAACGAUGCUCUGAGUAUACUUUCGACAGACAGAGAUGCAGAUUCAGGGGCCAACGAAGAAGACGAUACAAAUGCGAGAGCUGCAGCAACUUCCCUGCGUCGCCGCUUCACAUUUUUGCAGGGUCACGUUGGGCGCCUUGCAUUGACUGCAGUGGCUCAGUACCUCCUCAGGAAGGAGAAACAGGCCUUCUUGACGUUGCGCCGACUAGCAGCAGCGGCAGCCGCAGCCAUUGUUCACAUGAUGCCUGAGGACUGCGAGCUCCUCUAUGGACGAGCUGGUCUCCUCUAUGCGCUUUUGUUUUCUCGCGUUUUGUGGCUUCCUCCGCCUCCGACUUCCCGCUUCCCGAGUUGUUCUGAACCCUCUGCUGCGCGGCCUGAAGUGGCCAUAGGGCCAGCAGGAACGGGAGACAAGGAUGGAUGUGAUUCUCUCUUUGCCGAUUGCACUGGAGAGCCAGAAGCCGUUGACAGCAACAGAAGCAACUUGAACUUCGACGAUAGGUAUUUUCGCAUUGCAUCGACUCGCUCCUUUGCCAGCGGGCUAUCCAGCUGGUGUCAGUCCGUCUCCUUCGGCCGCACUAUGACGUUCAGCAACAGCCAACAGGAGUUCCUAUCCAUGUCGUCUCAGCGCUUAUCCGACGACAGGCAGGCGACACGGGUGCUCCUGCUCUCCCUCAUUGCGCAGCUUGUCGGGCAGCUGGUUGCUCAGGGACGCGUGGGAGCUGUUAUGGCCGAUCGGGGAAGCACUGACUCCCUCGAGCCGCGAGAAGAGCACCGUCCGUUCACCUCAGCCUGCGCUGCCUUCUCUAGAGGCAGCCCUCUGCCCCUCAUGUACGAGUGGCACGGCACGCAAUAUUUGGGAGCUGCCCACGGCAUUUGUGGAAUCCUCUUGCCGCUGCUGCAAGCAGUAGAUACGCUCUACCAGGCGGCUGCAUCGGGCUGCUUCCCAGGAGCCUCGGAGAAGUCAAGCAGAGCGCUUGCUGCCGCGGAAAAGGUCACGCAAACCUCCAAGGAGGAGGCUACAGCCGCCGCAGCGCGACUUUUGGCCUGUUCUUCGACCGUAUGCAGCGCCAUGCUACACAACAGGGGCAAAGAUACUCCGUUUUUCUGUCCGGCAGCAAGCGCUUUUCUGUGUUGCCGUGAUGGGCUGGCUGCUGCCGCUACCCUAAGAGCCACUGUUCGCCGGCUGGCCCUUGGUUCCCUGCUGAGUCUCCUUCGUUCUCAUCUCACAGACGGUCUAAAUCUGAAGAGCAGCACCGAGAGCACGAAAGAUGUGCUUGUCCAGUGGUGCCAUGGCGCUCCCGGGAUGCUUCCCCUCGUGUGCUGGGCAGUUGAGCUACACGAAGGGGAGGCCCUCGCGGUCCAGCACCAGCAGCUACAAAAGGGGCUCAGCAGCAUGGAAUCUACCUCUUGUCUCCCCAAAGAGCAGCAGUCAGAGGCUCCCCCUUUGUACAGACGCCGUUCGACGGGCCUCUCAGAUGCCGAAGCUGCAAAGGAAGAUCUUGGAUUUUUCCUUAUGUGGCUAGACUCCGUAGGAUCAGUGACUUGGCGUCGGGGUCUUCUAACAAAAGGACUGGGGAUAUGUCAUGGCAUUGGCGGUAAUGGCAUGUCUCUACUUUGUGCGUAUAAGAGCUCGCAGCAUCCCAAGUGGCUACGCCGGGCACUGAUGUUUGCCCUGGAGGGCAUCAAGAGGCAUCAACAGCUUCUCCAAGUACCCGACAGGCCCUUUAGUCUCUUUGAGGGCAUCACAGGAUUUGCUGUCUUUCUCAGAGAUUGUGCAGAGUUGCUACGCGUCCGUUGUGGCAGCACGCAGACGGCCACCUUCUACUAUCCAGGCUACCAGUUACCACCUCUCCCAUGGGAGUACUGGCGUCUGUGA